AUGACGUGCGUGGUUGCUGGCUUUCCGUCGAAGAUCGCUGCGUUGCAGUUUGAAUGGGCCUGGCAAAACACCCACACAACCCGGCACAUCGCCCCCGCCGAACGCCUAACCCAAGCCCACUCCAACAUCCGCAUCUCCCCCCGCUCCGGCAAGACCAGGAAGCGGCCGGCUCGCCCGCGCGUAUCCCUGACCGACAAGCUCUCUAACCUGCAUCUCCUCCUCCGCGUCAAGAGCUUCGAACGCUGGCCGCUCGAGGUGCGCUUCUUCGCCGAAGACGUGUAUCGGGCUUGGCAGCGGUGGGAUGCGCUGGUAAGGUGUAGGAUCCGGAGUGGUAUUAAGGUCAAUUUAGAGAAGCAUGCUGGCAGACUGCCAACGGCGCGACAGAGCGGAAGUGCAGGUGUCGUGGACGGUGAGGCGCCCGCUGCGUCAGUGUUCGUGCCGGCGGGUAUCGAGUCCAUUGAUAUCGGAUAUGCAAGCUCCAAGUCGUACAUCGAGAAAUGUCAACAGUUACUCGGCCCUAAUAGCGCCCACUCAUGCAGCAUCUGCAGGAAGCAUGUUAAGCCCAGCGCAGCGCUCUUGCUUGUCUGCCCGGAAGAAGGCUGUCGGAUGAUCUCCCAUCUAUCUUGCCUUUCCUCUCAGUUCUUGAGCAAAGAAGGUGACCAGGACGCGAUAGUGCCGACGGAGGGGCACUGUCCGAGCUGCCAAACCAAGCUGCAGUGGAGUACACUGGUGAUGAACUUCAGCCUCCGGCUACGGGGACAGAAGGAGAUGAACAAGCUGUUCAAAAAGCCGCGACCAAAGAAGGCGAAGACGACGGAGGGGUCUAGUACAGUGGUACCGACCACAGCAGGCGAAGCAGAUGAUGAAGAGAGCGAUGGCGACGCGUCUGAUGAUGAUGGCACUGACAACCUUGCAUUGCACUCCGUGGAGGCCCACGGUGUGGAGGCAGAAGCCGAGGCGCAAGAUGAAUGGUACAACCUUCAGGACGAUAUCGAUGACCUUCAGUCUGUAACAGAUGAACCAGAUGGCGCAAGCUACAACGUCGGCAUAUCGCGGCGUUAUCAGCCAGACGUUGUUAUCGAGGACAGCGACUGGGACGACGCCAUGGUUCUUGACUAG